AAGAAAAAUAUAGUACAGUGCCAAUCCCGACAUAGUUUAGAGGAUGAAGGUUAAAGCUUAUCCUAAACCGUAGGUAAGUAAUAAGAGCUAAAACAGGGAUGUCCUGUUCACAAAACACAAGGAUUCACAACAGAAAACGAAAAAUACAAAUCUUAUCAAACCGAAACCGACUCCAAAAAUGACAUUUGUGAUUGGCGCUACAAGUCAAUAUGGGUUGGAAAGAGAGGCCCUCCAAAUUUCAAGAGCCAACCGUGGCCCAUAAACAGGCCCAGGCUCUGGUUGCGAAAAACGACGUCGUGGAUAAUGCCGGUGUUUCUUUUACUAAUUAAAUUAAAUGAUGGAUAAUGACUAAAAUGGCUUGCUCUCGACGAAAGAAGAAACUGAACAUCGAGAAGUGAUCUCCGAUUGAGGAAACUCUCUCAGUUCCUACUCUUCUUCGUCUUCGUCUUCACUCCUCCGCCUUUAGCUUCUGCAUUGGGAUACGCGAUGUCUUGGUUGGCCAGAUCCAUUGCUAAUUCAUUGAAGCUCGAUGAUGAUGAAGACGACGAGAAUGCCAGUGGCAACUCCAAAUCGCCGCUCAAAUCCGAUUCCUUAUCCGAUCAAUAUCACCACACGGAUUCCUCCUCGCAAUCGUCGCAGUCAUCGUCGUCAUCUUCGACUCCAACUGCCAGAGGCGUCAAAGAGGAUUUGUCCGAGCUCAAAAAUACCCUAACCCGCCAAUUCUGGGGCGUCGCCUCUUUCCUCGCCCCUCAGCCUGAACAUUCUGCUUCACAUUCCCAAGUCUCUGAUCCAAAACCUAAUGAACCGCUUGAUAAUUCCACAACCGACAAUCCGUCUGGCCCUGAAUUUUCUGAAGAAGAUCUAAUGGCGGGAAUACGCAGUGAUUUCGCUGAAAUCAGUGGGAAAUUUAAGACUGGGAUCUCGAAGCUUUCGAGCAACAGGACCAUGUCGGAGAUCACCAAGAUUGCUUCCAAUUUCCUUCAGUUUGGAUCAGAGGAUUCUUUGGAGAACUAUGACGUGGGAAGUGCGGUUGGUGUAACAGAGGAGGUCCUGAUAUUCGUCAGGAAUAUCGUCCUGCAUCCUGGGACCUGGUUGGACUUUCCUCUUCCAUAUGACGACUACGACGAUCUUGAGUUAUCCGAUGCCCAGCAAGAACAUGCUUUGGCUGUUGAGCAUCUUGUGCCUAGUUUGGCUGCUUUGAGGAUUGAACUUUGUCCCCAAUACAUGAGUGAAGAUUGCUUUUGGAAAAUCUACUUUGUGAUCUUGCAUCCUAGACUUAGCAAGCAUGAUGCUGAACUUCUGUCAACACCCCAAAUACUAGAAGCCAGAGCACAGUUUCAUGAAUUACAACAACAAACCAAGGUACAGACGGAGCCCGAGAUAUCUAGAAACAUCUUGACUAGUUCGAAAGGAUCUUCUGAUUCAUCAAAUGAGGAGCAUCUCUCGGUGCCACCUAGAGAUCAAUCUGAACCACUGUUUCUUCAGAAAUCUCCUGAUAGUGCAGCCCCUUCCUCAAUGGUGACUGAUGUUGAGACUGAUAAGCAUCCAAUUAAGAACGUGAAAAUUCAAGUUGUAGACAAGCCUGUCAUUGAGGAAAUACCCUUGCAAACCGGAAUUGAACAUUCCCACUCUGGUCCUUCCAAAGAUUUUGAUGACAUAUACGUGGAUGAUGGAGAUGAUUGGUUGAAGGAGGAGACUCUUGAGAUUGAUGGUGACAGUGGAACUAACAUCCCUAUUGGGAACGACGAGGACGUAUCAUUUAGUGAUCUUGAGGAUGACGACCAGGAGGUCCCGGCAUAUCAUAAGAAGGUUGCAUCAGGCUCUGACUCUUCAACUAAAGAUUCCCGAGAUUGGGUUCAGCUUAGCCGGACUUCUGCUGAUUCAGACAAGGAUACAAACUCCAUAGAUAUUAAGCAUGUCGGAUCCGGGGAGGUAGGCACCCGCAAGGAAUCAAGUGACUGGCUUAAUGUCGAGGACAUUGAUUCAAUGUGACGGCUCCUGAAACUCUUCAAUCUGCUUAUCUUCAUAGAAUUUUAUUUCUUUCCUAUGUAUAUCUUGUGUUUUCUCUAUAUGAAGCAAGCAUUUGGGAAACUAUGUUUGUUAUGAUAUCUCUGUAUAUAGAAAAACUUGUAAACUCAAAAUUCAUUUACAUGCAAAUAAUUGAUGGCUUUGUUGUAUUUUCUA